UCCAAGAUGGCGGCGAAACUCAGGCAAGGUUCAUGGAAUGUAUUGGCCGAAAUCGGAGCACGAAUGAUCCUUUUUGCAAUAUUUAUGUGAUAGCUGCAGUUCUUCCUGCUGCUCUAAUCCUUUUACUAGGAGGACUAAGAAAGGACAAAAUUGAUGGCAUACAAGCCAUUUUAGCUUUAACAUUAACUCUUGGACUCAAUGGAGUUGUGACAAACAUAGUGAAAGUUCUUGUAGGCAGGCCUCGCCCAGACUACUUCUGGCGUUGUUAUCCUAAUGGAGUUAUUCCAGCAAGUAUAGAGUGUGAUGGCAACCCAGAUGAAAUAAUUGAGGGCAGGAAAAGUUUUCCAAGUGGUCAUUCAUCAUUUGCCUUUUGUGGCCUUGGCUUUAUCUCUCUCUAUCUUGCGGGAAAGUUACACUGCUUUCAAGCUCAGGGAAGAGGACAAGGGUGGAAGCUGUGUAUUGCGUUAGCUCCUGUGAUUGUUGCUAUGGCAUUGGCACUCACCCGAUAUUCAGACUAUCGUCAUCACUGGCAAGACAUAAUGGUUGGUGCUAUGAUAGGUCUGUUCUUCGCCUAUCUUUGUUAUCGACAGUAUUACCCUGCGCUCAACAGACCUCAUUGUCACAUGCCAUACUAUGCCAUCAUGCCGGCCAAGUUUGUUGGUGAUGAACAUGAGCACAUGUUACCAGUGACUGUCAGAGAGAUAAAGGACGUUCAUCCUAUUGUGACAAAAUCUCUUUGACCACAGCUGAAUCUUAGAAUUAGAUGUACGAGAUAUGGGAUUUAUAUUUAUUACAUCGCUCGCAGCGCCCGUGGACAAGAUGAAGCGAAUCCUGUGUUCUGAUUGGCUACCCAAGCAGGCAAGAUGGGCCCAUCUUGCUCGCUCAUCUUGCUCGCUCGGGUUGCCCGCAUUGAUCCUGUGCAUGAUAAAAAAAAAUAUAGAGUUAGAACUAGAUAAUAUAUCUAAUGGAUUUUGCGCUAUAGAAAUAAUAAAAUUGUUAAUAUUAUUAA